AUGUUUCAACUAGCCAAACUAAUGAUUCUCAUGAAACAAUAUUCGACGGCUGAAACGAUCUACAGUCGUCUACUCAAUGAAACACAGGAAACGGAGCUCGCGUCCAUUGAAAAUAUCCAUUAUCAACUCGCCGUGAUUCGAGAGAACACUGACAAUAUUUCUGGAGCUUUUUCUGCAUAUGAACAUGCAUUGGAGAUCGCUAUGCAACAUCGACAAGCGAAUGAUUCGAUAAUUCCACUUUUCUUAUCCAAAAUAGCCAAUCUUCUAAAACGUCAGGAGAAAUUUGACGCAGCUCUAGAGAAGUAUCAAGAAGCACUGCAGUUAGAUCUGCAAAUAUCUGAGCCUAACUAUCGGCAACGAUCGAAACUGUAUAAUGAUAUCGGUGUUGUACUAGCUGCACAAGAGAAAUACAAUGAGUCCUUACAGUAUCAAGAGCAAUCGCUUGCUAUUGACUUCGAUCAAAUGCCUCUCGACCAUAUAAAUAUUGCGAUUAGUUAUGAGAAUAUGGUCUCAGUUCACCAAAAGAUGCAAAACUAUGUCAUGGCACUUCUGUGUUGCGAGAAAGCGCUUUUUCACCGUCAACAGGUCAAUUCAAAGCAAUGGACAGUAAUAUUGCACGAUCAUUACAUCAGUGCACUAAUGCUCAAAGAACUCAAUCGUAUAGAUGAGGUCGUGCAACAUACCCAUGUGUUUCAUUACGAUGAAACUGCGGCGCAGUUACGCCGUAACUGCGAUCGCACUGUGACCCGUAAUUGCGGAAAAUUGCGACGUAGUUACGCGCAACUACGAUGA